UUUGCGGGGCAUGAAGUUUGUACGUAGAGACAGGGACCAGAAUAAUUGUCCUUUAAUCCGGAUUUUUGCGGCAUCUUUACGGCAUCCGCUAGUUUCUGUAACCCAUAUCGAAAACAGGUCGAUAAAACGAUGCAGAAAACCAUAAUUUCUCUCGUUCUUCUACUGGUGGCCGCGUGCACUGUACGAUGUGCAAAAAACAGUUUCCGAUGUCCGGAUUUGACCAGUUGCGGACCGGGUGUUACACCCACCGUGUGUGAAACCCACCCGUGCGGAGAUACACAAUGCAAGAAUCAUCCCACCGCUCAGUGCUGUCAUAAUAUGUGCAAAGGAUGUGAAGCCGCUUUUUAUGAAAAUGGCGUGGAUAUUACUAGCAAGUGUGGAAAGUAAACACUGCAAUUUCUGCAUUUCCACAACUAUGUAUGAAUGAUCACACUAUGUAACUCGUAUAAUAUUAUUAAUCUUAAAAUUAUGAUAAUGAUUAUACAAAUGCUGCGUUUUCAUCAAAAUAUUAUACGAACAUGCGAAAAGUAUUCCUCACCCUAAUUUCUCUCGAUGUGUGAUAAUUAUGAAGUAAGAAAACGGGACGAGUAUAUGCACAAUUCAGGGUCGGUUUAUUGGUUUAUUAACAGCUGGUCGGGCAUUUACGGGUCACGAAAAGAGCUAAUCCGAUCACGCAGCGUAAAUCUUGCUUGCUGUACGUCCUGCGGAUACACUAUACUGCAGAAUCCGCGCUACGUACUCUGUAAUAAUUAGACACCGUUUUAAUUGCCGGCAUGGAAUGAUGCGUGCUUUUAAGUGCAAUUCGGCCUUGUACACUUCUUUCCGGACUUACAUGCACCGGUUUCGACAUCUUCAUGAAGCACCGGAAGCUGAGGUAUCCAUCCUGUUUUCCUCACAGCUGGCUUGGUACGACUGAUACACUAUACAGUGAUUUUGUUUACCGUGCAUUGCUAUUAUCGUGAUUAAACUGAACUCUCAGGAGCGCCUUGUGUAUAACUAAAAUAUUAAUCUUCCGUUCUCCGGAAGCAAUCGUGAGAUGAAUUCUGGCGAAUAUUAACAGACCAUCUGAUGGCAUAGUUUUUGCACGAAAUAUUAACUGAUGUGGUAAAUUAUUAAGUUCUCUUGGAAAGCAACAAUCGGCCCCUAUUUCUUAAAUAAUUCUGUAUAUAAAAACAAUUUAAAAUGUAUAGUAAUAAAACCAAGUGUGCGACAGUUUAAUCAAGCAAACAACCUCGAGCGUUAUGUCAUACGUCAACAUUCUAUAAAUUCGACGUCAAUUUUCUCGCCGUUGAAGCAAAUUAAAAAAUAUUCAGGGUUACCAUAAAUUAUUAAUAUUCGAUAUAGUCCACCAGUUUUAAGAGACGUGCGUAAAUAAUAAUCACAACCUUGUUCGAGUGAAAACAAGGAAUGUUAGAUUGAACUUAAUUUUAAAGGUUAAAUAUUUAAAUAAUCGUAGCGUUAUGUAAAAGGUGACUCGCGCACGUAUCAGAAUGAGCGCUGACGUACAUUAUCAUCCACAGUGAUCAGUGUUUAAACAUUAACGACUAAGGAGAAUUAAUGGUGGAUAUUCUUAUUCCGCAUUUUCCCUGACAAGAAUGCACUUGAAUAAUAGAUAAAAGUAUUAAUCAGGAGAUUCAGGUCGGCACUCGGCAGCAGCGCUCGACUGUACCCCUUUUCGGGACACUUACAAGCACCACCGAUAGAUGAGAGACUGCUCAGCUGGCGGCGCAGUUGUCCUCCAACAGCAGUAUAUACCGCGCGGCACUUCCGUCGCAGAUUGAUUACCGCACGGUGGAUUAAGCCAUUUGUAUUCACAUGUAUAUUCCGCAGUUUUGCCGGCACACGAUGUGAUUACAGCUGUUGCAAUGGGGGCAACCGUUUGGCUCAAGUAUGACAUCUUUAUACCCCUGACGGAUGAAAAGUAAUACGGUGAAGUGGGAAAUGUUGGAAAAAUGUCCAACUUUAACGCCACUGUAUUCAAUUGUACAGCUGUGCAAAUGGGCAAUCGCUCAUUAAAAAUUGCUCAUGUUGUUCUACUGGGCGCGCGCUUGUCAUGCUGGGAUAGCCGUUAACACCCGAGCCGUUGUGCGGCGCGGGCGCGUUGGUAAUUCCGACCACGAACGUUGGCUUCAAUGAAGAAAAAUUACUUGUGCAGAUUAGUGUGUUGGUAGGGAUUAGCAUGCGCCUGUAACUGUGUGCAGUGUCAAUGGUGGAAUUUACACAUUACACCACGGGUUUGACGUCAAUUCAGCACUGGACGCUCUUAUGUAAUGCCGGUCGACUUUGCGGCUGGCUGAGCUGUAAUACCGUUAUUGCUCGCGUGGAUUUGGAAGAAAUCGGCAAUAAAUUUAAUACCUGAUUAAUUGUGCGGAUUUCCUUUACGCCCACCAAUGGAUUUUUGUUUCGCUCACCGCGCCGAACCGGACUAACAAGCUUGUCGGACAUGUUGGAAUAUAAUUGCUUCCGAUUCUUCUUGGUAUUCUAUUAAUGGCCGCCAACAAUUUUGAAGCGGAUUUCGGAGCGGAAAUGUCCAUGACGGACGGCUAUAAUCAGAGUGCUUUCGAUCCGGGAAUCUACAUGGGCAACACAACGCCUCUGGUUCCGGGAAGUGCCGGCACAUCCACGCUGUCACGUGCCACCAUGUUUCCGUUGACCUACCGUCUAAUUGGGACGAUAAUCCACAGUUUGAUCUUUAUUGUGGGCUUCUUGGGAAAUGUCAUGAUUGUUAUUGUCGUUAAAAGCACCAAAACGUUAAGAACUCCCACUUACUGCUAUCUGGUCUCCUUGGCUGUCGCCGACAUCCUUCUCGUAUGCUCCACCAUACCGGAAGCAAUACUGUCGUAUCAGUUGUACAGCAAACAGUGGGUGUUAGGUCACUUUGGAUGUUCUUUAAUGGCAUUUACAUCCUUCCUUGCAAUCAAUGCCGGAUCAAUAAGCAUUCUGGCUUUUACCGUCGAGAGAUAUAUUGCUAUCUGUCACCCCAUGCUGGCGCAGAAAGUCUGCACGGUGAGCAGAGCACGGCGCAUUAUCGUCAUCCUGUGGUUAAUCGUCUGCCUAUACUGCGCUCCCUGGUUGGGUUUGGCUGUAACCAAGCCCCUCCUCCUCUCCGACGUGCAAGGCCUCGAAACAUGCGACUACCGUCUCCCGCGCAACCUUUACCGGUACUUCUUCGUGCUGGACGCCACCGUCUUCUACUUCAUCCCGCUGACCAUCUCCGUGAUCCUCUACAGCCGUAUGGGCUACGUUCUGUACAAGAGCAUCAAACAGUCGACCAUACGCAAAGGAAUCCAAAUGAGUGCCGAGAAUAGCUUUAGUUUCGAGCGCUCCGAACUCCGCAGUUCCCCCUACCUGGAUCAGCGGCGGCCAACCGAGUACGAUUUGAAGAGAGCCGCGAAUAGCGCUGGUAACAAGCGCUCCGAAAUGUCGUCCACGGAUAACUCCCGGAUCCAGGGCGUGCGGAUGCUGGUGAUUGUUGUGAUAGUGUUUGCAGUAUUAUGGCUACCGUAUCGCGGACUGCUGGUGUAUAACUCCUUUGGGAAGAAACCGUUUAUGGAUAAGUAUUUUGUGCUGUUCGCCAAAACCCUUGUGUACUGCAACAGCGCGGUAAAUCCAUUCCUGUAUACGGUUCUUAGUCGAAAGUUCAGAAUGGCGUUCUUCCGCAUUUUGCAAAGGUGGUUUCGCAAGAAGCCUUCACGGAAUCGACCAUACGAACAGUGCGUCUCUUCAUCCAAUUCCAAUGGCAAAUCUGUGAUCAAAAGCGAGGAAACAAUGACACUGCACCCUUCGUAUGCAGCGGUCUAAUUCGAUUAAAAUUUUAAAUUUACUGUUUUGCUCUGCAGCUGUUGCUAAUUGUUGUAACUACGCAAUACUGCAAUCUGAAAAUGAAUAAUAAUCGCACAUAUAUAGAGACACUAUAAGUUUAUGGCAUAGAGUAUUUGGAUCGUGAACAUUCAAAAAUAA